UUUUUUUUCUAAAAAAAAGGCUAAAGUCUACUAUGCAUCAUAAAAAACACCAAACCGAAAUGCUUGUGCUUCACAAAAACACUAAACACUGCUGUAACAAAUGAAUAAUCGCUCAAGUUAAUAGUUAAUCUAUAUUUCAGUUAGUCUACAUAAAUAUAUUUCAGUGCAUUAUCCAGAAAACUAUGACAAUCUCACAACAAUUCCGAGUGAGAUGAGUUGAAAUAGAUAAUUUUUACUAUCCACUGUGAUUAUCAUAAUGCUGGAUAAAUACACGAAUCUACUAUUGCCAUGCAGUCUGGGAUUGAUAUGGAUUUGGCUGACUGAUUCAACGGAUGCCUUAAUGAACUACACGGCAAAACCACGCGUAGUUCUUCCACCUAAUUAUGUCAAGGAAAUGAGACCACCUUCAAAGAAAGGCUCUCCAGUGAUAGUAGACUUUAGCAUAUUUGUAGUAGAUAUUAACUCAAUCAAUGUAGAGGAUAUGGACUUUAGUUUGGCUGAUUGCGCCUCGAACACUUAUGGCUAUGGUAGCGAGGUGAGAUCAACAAUGAUCUGCUCGUACACAGCGGGCAAAGAUUCAUGCCAGGGUGAUUCUGGAGGUCCAUUAGUUUCCGGUGGAGUAUUGGUAGGCGUUGUAUCCUGGGAUAUUUACAAAAUGAAUUUAUACUUUUGGUACAUAACUUCAAUUGACACAAAUUGCACCAUAUUUCUGUUUUUUUUUUCUCUCUCUUUUUCUUCACUCCGCCCCAUUGCAGAGAUAGCAACAUUAACGCACAAAUUUACUUCGGUAACAUUGUACAAAAACAAAACGGUACGUUAUGCGGCGCGUAUGCAUGCGAUCAUCGCCUGUCAAAUGGAAUUCCAACUCUAUCCGAUGGAUAUACAGGUGUGCCCCAUUUACAUUGAAAGUUUCUCUUCGAAUAACAAAAAAGUGAAGUUACGUUGGUCCGAUUCUGGCGUCACUUUGAAUCCCGAACUCAAAUUGCUGCAAUACAAUCUCGGCCAACCGCUCGAGCUUGAGGAGAGUGAUGGUUAUAUGCCCGAGAAGGUGGGCAAUUUUUCGCGGCUAACUGUGUAUUUCCGAUUUGAACGACAAAUCGGUCAUCAUCUCAUACAAACGUUUGCGCCGUCAUCGCUUGUUGUGAUGUUGUCAUGGUUUAGUUUUUGGCUGGGACUCGAUGCGAUACCUGGUCGUGUGACGUUGUUAGUCACAUGUAUGCUAACGUUAGUUACUAUGUUCACCGGUCUGAGAGCAGAUAUCCCGCCAGUGGCCUAUGUUAAGGCACUUGAUCUAUGGAUGGCCGGCUGCAUGGUAUCCGUGUUUGCGGCAUUAGCGGAAUUUGUUGUUGUCAAAGUGCUAGAUGUGCAAUAUCAAUAUCAAGUUAACAAAGUACCUAAAGUAUUGCCCAUGCGUAUUAGCAACAUGGAAAAGGGUCAAUGUCCAACGGUGGCUAGCUGGGAGGGCGGUGCAGUGCGUUCACGUAAAUCAACACAAACACCAACAACGCCGGGACAGACAUCACUGCAAGGCAACGGUGGCCCACCGAAGCCAGCGCGACGCCAAAGUCUACUGUCGGUGGCCUGGACCGAUACCGACACGGGCGUAGAGAAAAUAAUGUGGCGCGAAAUCGACAAGGUGUCACGGGCUGUUUUCCCCAUUUUGUUCUUCGUCUUCGUGCUACUCUAUUGGCCGAUAUUGCUGAUGAAAUCAUCCUAGGAUUUAAGGAGUUCCAGAAUACCAAGUUCUGGACUCCGCUAAAGACAGAUAUGCCUAUAUAUGUAUGCCUGAAUGUAUGUACAUAUGUAUGUAUUGAAUGUCUGUGCACAGGCAAAUUACAAGAAAGGAAAAAUAUUGAACGUUUCUUUUUUGAUUCCGAACAGUACGAAGUACAGAAAGACAUCGUAAGCGCUAAACCAACGUAGCUAGUAUUUGUGCUAUAAACAUGAAAAAUUUUGAAAAAAAAAAACCUUAAACAAAAAAAUGCCUAGUUUAACUGAAAAAUGUAUAAAAAAGAGCGCUACUUACAUAAUUUGUAAUUAUAUAGACAAUUGCCUUUACUAGUGCUUCUAAAAGUGGGGUUAUUGGAAAAUAGAUUACCUAGAGUGAAAUAAAUAUUUUGCGUAAUUGUAGCCGCGAUUUAUCUUUUUUACGUAUGCUGGUAUAAGAAAUUGUAUUAUAUUUAAGAAUCUAGAUAAAUAUGUAAAAUAACAGCGCUUUGAAAUUUAUUUGAAUACAUA